CCAUCAACAUUAUCAUUAAUGAUGAUGACAAAUUCAACAAUGUCAUCAAUAUGGGAAACAAUUACAGUGACUAAUUAUAAUAAAAAUACACUGUUAGAUAUGACUGAAGAAACAACUGGAAAUUAUUCAUUAUUAUCAGAUGAAGAACAAAUGGAACGUAAUAUUUAUAUAAUGCCUUUAUAUCAACAAAUUUUAUGGAGUUUCAUAUUUGGCACAAUGGUAUUUGUUGCCGCUGGCGGUAAUAUUAUUGUGAUAUGGAUUGUAUUGACCAAUAAAAGAAUGCGUACAGUAACAAAUUAUUUUCUUGUCAAUUUAAGCGUUGCCGAUAUAAUGGUUUCGACAUUGAAUGUCAUUUUUAAUUUUAUUUACAUGUUAAAUUCAAAUUGGCCUUUUGGAGAAUUAUUCUGUAAAGUAUCGAAUUUCAUUGCUAUAUUAUCGGUGGCUGCAAGCGUUUUCACAUUGAUGGCAAUAUCAAUAGAUCGAUAUCUAGCCAUCGUACAUCCAUUACGACCACGUAUGUCUCGUACAGCAACCGUUAUUAUUAUCGUCAUCAUAUGGAUUGCAAGCAGUUUUCUAUCAUUACCAAAUAUUAUUUGUUCAAAAACAAUUGUUGAAGAAUUUAAAAAUGGUGAUACUAGAGUUGUAUGCUAUCUUGAAUGGUAUGAUGGUGUUUCAACAAAAUCUCGUAUCGAAUAUAUAUACAAUGUGAUUAUAACAUUGGUCACUUAUAUUCUGCCAAUUGCAUCAAUGUCUUAUACAUAUUUUCGUGUUGGCCGUGAAUUAUGGGGCAGCCAAAGUAUUGGUGAAUGUACAGCCAAACAAAUGGAAAGUAUCAAAUCAAAACGUAAAAUUGUCAAAAUGAUGAUGAUCGUCGUUGCCAUAUUUGGGGUUUGUUGGGCACCAUAUCACAUUUAUUUUCUACUUGCUCAUCAUUAUCCACAAAUCAUUAAUGCAAAAUAUGUACAACAUACAUAUUUAACUAUUUAUUGGUUAGCAAUGUCCAAUAGUGUAUAUAAUCCAUUUGUUUAUUGUUGGAUGAAUUCAAGAUUUCGACAAGGAUUUCGAAAUGUAUUUUGUUGUACAUGUUUUCAAAAGAAUGGAAAAUCAGGUCAACGUUUUCAUCAUUAUUAUAAUCGUCAUCGUCAUCAUAAUAAUAAUAAUAAUAAUCCGGAUUUUAAUACAUUACAAGAUCGUUAUCAUGGUCAAACUCGUUAUAGUUGUGCAUCUGAAGCAUGUAUAACCACCGAUACACGUGUACGUUUUAAUGGUAAUGGAAAUAUUACAUUACAACCGACAACAAUAAUGGAUAUAACAACAACUAUAAUGGAUGAUAAUGAUGAUGAUGAUAGACCAAAUAAUAGUUUACAUCAUAGUUGUUUAUCAUCUACAACUGCAAAUGUAUUGGUUGAUGAUAGUAGUAGUUGUAUUGGUAUUGGCUCAGCAGCAACAGCAGCAGCAACGGCAACAACAACAACAACAACAACAACAACAGCAACAACAACAACAACAACAACAAUGAUUACUAGCCAUCAUCAGAAUCCGAAUAACAGCAACAGUCCAUUACAGCAACAAUCAAAUAUUCAAUUUUCAUCACGUGAAAUGUUAUGAUAUUCAACCACAACAACAACAACAGA